CCUCUCUCUGCCUCGACGGACUCUUCGAGGCUCUCUCUCUCUCUCUCUCUCUCUCUCUCUCAGUCUCCGGCGGUCAGAUCUCGGCGACUCAGCCUUGAAAAUGCAGACCGCCGCCUUCACUCUCACGCCGUCCCUCCCUCUCCUCAAGUCCCGCCGCCUCUCCGCUCAGUCCUCCACCCUCAGAUUCGCUCCCACACGCGUCUCCGCCUCCCUCAAGCCUAACACCGCCGCGCUCAACUGCUCCGCCAAUGACGACUCCUCCCUCCUCUCCCGCCGAUCCUGGUCCGUCUCCUCCUCCGACUUCAAGCGCAGGCCAUGGACUUCCCCGGCGCUCGAUCGGAGCCGCUUCGAGGUUACGGCUGCUGCUGCCGAGAGCUCCGACGAGACCGAUGAGCCGAAGAGCAGCUUGUUCAAGACUCUCGAGCUCGGGUCGUUGUUCGGGCUCUGGUACCUGUUCAACAUCUACUUCAAUAUCUAUAACAAGCAGGUGUUGAAGGUGUUCCCGUACCCGGCUACUGUUACUGGAAUACAAUUUGCUGUCGGGACUGUUCUUGUUCUGCUCAUGUGGGGUUUGAAUCUCUACAAGAAGCCAAAAAUCACCGGUGCACAGCUCGCAGCAAUUCUGCCACUGGCCAUUGUUCACACUUUGGGUAACCUUUUUACUAAUAUGAGUCUUGGGAAAGUGGCUGUUUCAUUCACUCACACGAUCAAGGCUAGUGAGCCCUUUUUCUCGGUUAUCCUCUCUGCCAUGUUUCUCGGUGAGAUACCAACUCCUUGGGUGGUCGCUUCCCUGCUACCAAUUGUUGGUGGAGUGGGACUGGCAUCGGUUACUGAGGCCUCAUUUAACUGGGCGGGAUUCUGGAGUGCUAUGGCUUCCAAUUUGACAAACCAAUCUCGCAAUGUUCUCAGCAAGAAAGUCAUGGUUAAAGACAAGGCAUCUAUGGACAACAUUACACUGUUCUCGAUAAUAACAGUCAUGUCCUUUUUCUUGUUGACCCCUGUGGCCUUCUUCUUGGAAGGGGUGAAAUUUACUCCUGCAGCAAUGACAUCUGCUGGAUUGAAUGUUAACCAAUUAUAUAUUAGGUCUUUUAUUGCUGCACUCUGCUUCCACGCAUAUCAGCAGGUUUCAUAUAUGAUAUUGGCGAGGGUAUCACCUGUUACUCACUCUGUCGGCAAUUGUGUGAAGCGAGUGGUGGUUAUCGUGAGCUCUGUUAUCUUCUUCAAAACACCUGUCUCACCUAUUAACUCUCUUGGAACUGGGAUUGCACUUGCUGGAGUUUUCUUGUAUUCAAGGGUGAAGCGCAUCAAGGCAAAGCCGAAGACUGCUUGAACGAAGUUUGUUCUUUGAUGGAGUUAGAUGACAAUGUUCAGUGAAAUUGUAGAUCAGGCAGCUGGAACCUUUCUUUUUUGGUGGAAAGAAACUUGAUUUCAAAGAGGUUAACCCUCAUAGAUGGAGCGAACCUUUAGCUUGGUUCUUAUCAUUCAGUUUUAAAAUUUUUGGUUUUAUAUUUUUUCCCGUGGACCUAAAAUAUGUGCACUAUCAUCUGUAGUCUUUGGUUCUACUUGUAAUGAAAUUUUCCAGGGGUUUUCAAA